AUGUCGACACAUAUGACACUCGAUAAGCAAACGUUUCUUGUAAAUCAUCCCGCAUAUGGUUACAAUGGAACAAUCGAUGAGAUCUAUCAAAACGAGUUUUUAUCGCGUUUACCUACCGAUCGAAUCUAUCUCGAUCAUGCUGGAACAACAUUAUAUACUCAAUCUCAACUAGAUGCACAUUUUCGUCAACUUCGAACUUCAUUCUUAAAUAAUCCUCAUAGUGAACAAGAAGACUCGAAAACAUUAUUAUUAAUUCAUGAAUGUAUCGAAUCGAUCUUGUCAAUAUUUGAAACAUCCAGUCGAGAUUAUUCGAUUGUAUUCACAUUGAAUACGACACAUGCGUGUCAAUUACUAUCCACGUUAUUUCCAUUUUCAUCCAAGUCGGAAUAUGCAUAUAUGAUCGAUAGUCAUAAUAGUCUCAUCGGCAUUCGACAACAAGCUAAACUUCACGGUGGUUCGUUUUCUGUUAUUGAUUAUCCUUCGUUUAUUUAUAAUCAACGAACGAACUCUGAUUAUUAUGAAUCCUUUCAUUGUGUUGGCCAUUCACCACCAGAUUCAGAAUCGAUCAGCACAUCAAUAUCCUAUUGUUUAUUCGCAUGUCCAGCAGAGAAUAAUUUUAAUGGACUACGACCACCACUGAAUCAACUUGUGCAGCCAUUUAUUACUGCACGAGAUGAUUCUUCGAAUGACUUUCGAAUUCCAGUGAAAAAUCAACCAUCAAAAUCGUGUCGAUGGUUAACAUUAGUUGAUUGUGCGAAAUAUCUCUCAACAAAACCGUUUUCACUUAAAUCGUAUCCCGUUGAUUUUGUUGUUUUGUCAUUCUAUAAAAUCUUUGGUUAUCCAACUGGUUUAGGUGCAUUGAUUAUUCGAAAUGAUGUAUUAAAAAUCUUAAACAAAGAACAUUAUUUUGGCGGUGGAAGUGUUGAAUAUGUUUCACCAUACGAUGACACUCGUGUUGAUUACAAAUCGAAUAUCAAUGGUUUCAUUCAUGGGACGAUUCCAUUCACAAGUAUUCUAUCUGUUUAUCAUGGUUUUCAGUUGAUCACAUCUCAAUUAACUUACAAAUCAAUUUCUCUACAUACACAAUGUUUAAUUGACUACUGUCGAAAUGAAAUGUCUCAAUUGGCUUAUUCCAAUGGACAGAAACUUUGUUUAUUUUAUGAUGCCAGAGGUGAUUUAACGAAAGACUAUGGUUAUUCAUACGGACCUGUUUUGAAUUUUAAUUUGUAUAAUAAGCAUGGUCAGUUUCUUUCUUGUCGCUUGGUACAAAGAAUAGCCAGUGAUCAUAAUAUUACCCUACGUGUUGGAACAUUCUGUGCACCAGGUGCAAGUCAAAGUUAUCUGAAUUCGAGAAAAUCGUUUGAAACGAAUCAUGAGUGUCGUCGUGGACUUUUCUGUGGAACGAAUCAUGAUGGCGAAGAUGUGAUCGAUUCCGGUCGACAACCACUGGGUAGUAUCCGUUUAAGUCUUGGUUGGAUGAGCCGAUAUGAAGAUAUUCAAAUCUGGAUUGACUUUCUCUGUCAAAUUGUUCUACAAGGCAUUGGAAUUGCACCAUUAUUCCCAUCGUCGGCGGAAAAUGGAAAUCUCUUGAGUGAAAAUCUUAACUUAACUUUAACACAUAUUUACAUCUAUCCGAUAAAAUCUUGUGCACCUAUGUCUGUUACAGAAUGGCCUUUGACAUCGAUUGCCUUUCUCUAUGAUCGAGAAUGGAUGAUUGUUGAUCAAAAUAUGAAUCCAUUAACGUUAAAACGUCUACCAAGUUUAUCUCAAAUCAAACCUCAUAUUGAUCUAAAACAAAAACAAUUAAUACUCAGUGCCAGUAAUCAUCCGUCUUUUAUUAUUGAUAUUCUUCAUGGUUUGCUUCAAGUAUUUAAAAAAAAACCCGAUAACUCCUAUUCGUGUCUUUUAGAUUCAGCAAUUGUGAAAUCAUCGGUUCAAUUAAAGGACAGAGCUCUUUGUAAUGUUUAUUCAGGUGAAAUUGAACAAUGGCUAACUCGUGUGUUGGGUAUAUAUGCAACUUUAGCACGACGAACGAUUGAUAGUCAAAUGACGCUAGCGAACGAAGGUGCUUUUCUUCUUGUACACGAAGAAAGUGUUCGACAAAUCAAAUCCGAAUUGGCUGAUUAUGAGAAUGUCACACACGAACGUUUUCGGCCGAAUUUAGUUGUCGACAAGCAGAGUCCGAAACAAGUGUGUCCAGCAUACAGUGAAGAUCUAUGGAAACGCAUGCUCAUCUUCCACGAAAAGCAAAUCAUUCGAUUAGAAACAAGUGGUUUAUGCCAACGUUGUUCCGCCGUUAACGUUGACCCAUCGACAGGCAAAAAUCAAAGUCAUCUGUUUACCCGUUUACAAACACAACGACGAGAAGCGAAUACUUUAAGAGCAAAUUUUGGAAUUUUAUUGAAUCUUUCCGAAACAUAUCCACAUGCUUUCAUUCGUGUGGGAGAUUGUAUUCAAACUUUUACAUAA